GGCAAGAAAGAUUGCGGGGACAUCGACAUAAUGAUCACACGCCCCACCGACGACGGAGGCACGCACGCCGGGGCAAUGCACGAGCUGCUCAAGUACCUCCGCCGCGCCGACAUCAUCACCGAGGACCUCGCAGUUCCAGAAGACCCGUACGACCCGGAAUGUGUCUACCACGGGCUGUGCCACCUACCCAAGACGCCAGGGGCGAAGCAGCGACGAAUCGACUUCCUCGCCGUGCCGUGGAAGUCGAAGGGCGCGGCGCUGAUCUAUUAUACGGGUGAUGAUAUUUUCAAUCGUGCGAUGCGGUACAAGGCCGGCACAAUGGGGUAUUCGCUCAACCAAAAAGGGCUAUACGCGGGGGUGGUACGGGACGUCCACGAUAGGACGAAAAAGCUGAACCAAGGUAACAUCAUUGCUUCGGAGACUGAGGAAGAGAUCUUCAAAAUACUUGGUGUUCCCUGGCAAGAGCCCUGCCAACGUGUGCGCAACAUUUAG